CGGGGGUCCGGGUGCGGGGGGGCUGAGCCGCUUCUCCCCCCGCAGGGACCCGGCGAGGCCGCCGCGGCCGCUCACGCCCUGACGCUGCCGGCCGAGGCCUACGGGAACGACCCCAAUGUGGAGCUGAUGUGGGCCAUGAGGGCCUACCAGCACGCCGAGGUCUACUUCAACCUCAUCUCCUCGGUGGACCCCAAGUUCCUGAAGCUCACCAAAGCGGACGAGCAGAUCUACGGCGAAUUCAGGAAAACCUUUGGCGACCUGAAAAUCGACGUCCUCGACCCCGAGGAGCUCAAAUCGGAGGCGGCCAAGGAGAAGUGGCGCCCGUUCUGCAUGCGCUUCGAGGGGGUGGUGGAGGACUUCAACUACGGCACCCUGCUCCGCCUGGACUGCAGCAAGGGCUACACGGAGGAGAACACGAUAUUCGCCACCAGAAUCCAGUUUUUUGCCAUCGAAAUAGCUCGGAACAGAGAGGGCUGCAACAGCGUCGUCUACAACAGUGCCAAGAAGCCAGCGGCGGCCGUGGCAGAGGAAGCAGUGACGGCGUGAGGACAAGCUCGGCUCCAGCGUGCGCCCGAUGGCAGGACGAGACCACCCGGACCAGGGGCUGCUGCCCCUUUUCCCCAGGGGACAUGAGCAGCGUGAGGCAGGGCAGCAUGGGGCAUCCCGUCCCUCAUGGUGCAGAGCCCCUGGAGCUCAGCCUCCGCUUGCAGAGUGUAAAUAAAAUGUUUUAAAAAACCC